ACAAAAUGGCUGCCUAUGGCAGUUAUCUGCGGAAGUAAAAAUCUGCGGACGCAAGUGUUGAACUUUUGAUAAUUUAGGAAAGAAAAGUAAAACUCAGAAAAAAAAAAUAAGUAUAAGCUGAGAACUCACAAAAUGGCAGAUAGUGAAGAUGAAGAAGCGCCUCCAGAGAGGGAUGUUAAGGAUUUUAGCUUCAAACAAAUGAGGAAAAUAAGAAUGUUUGAGUCACCAACAACUUUACCCACUGUUCGCUCAAGCUCGCUGGCUGUUUCCACCAAGUAUGGGUUGACAUUUGUUGGCUGCCCUACAGGAACAAGAGUGAUAAAAACUGAAACCAUUGAAAGAAUUAAUGAAUCUGAUGAAGGAAGCAUGCAGAAUGUUGUGGCAACUUGCCCUUCAACCUUCAAAGAAAUUGGUCAUUCUGUACAGUUUGUGGGUCUUAGCAGUGAUGAUUUGACUCUGUCUGUCUGCUAUGUGAAUGGAAAUCAAACUCUCUUGAAUCUCUAUGAUGUUCCAACCCUUGGAAGUUCUAACACAUCAAAUGCCAAGUUUGGUGACACAAUUCUUACAAGUGAUGCAGGAGUAAGUGUCGCAAACCUUCUCUGGAACCCUGGUUUUCCUGGUAUCUUUGCCAUUUGUUUUAGUUCUGGAGCUGUGUCAAUAAUGGAGCUUACUGAAACUGAAAUCAAAACACUGGCUUCUCUUCCAGGAAGUGUAAAUGCCAAUGCAAUUUGUUGGAGUCCAAAAGGAAAACAGCUUGUUGUUGGACACAGAGAUGGCAGUUUAACACAGUAUUCACAGGCUUUGGAAGUUAAAAAGGAAAUAGAAUGCCCUGAAAUUUUUAUUGACGAUCCUCACUCAGUGACAGAUGUGCUGUGGAUUACUGCAACAUUGUUUGCUGUUGUUUACUCCAGCUUUGAGGAAGGGGAUGCUCCACAGUUUCUGCUUAUUUCCACUCCUAGAGAUGAACCAAAGAAAAUAAUAAACUUUGAUGAUAUCUACUAUGUGAUGAGCGAGGAACGGCAACCCAUGUUUUACUUAAAACUCAUCACUGAAUGGAAUAUUUUGAUUUCAGCAUGUUCCAAUGGGUUUGAAGCUGCUGUACUUGGGAAGUAUGGAGGAGAGGCUUCUACUCCUUGGGAAAAGUGGAAUGUUGAAGAAAAUGGUCGUGCAGAAAUGCCUUUGACUAACAACAAUGAUGAAACAUUUCCUAUGGGAUUGGCAUUUGACUUUAGAUCAACCAAGCCCAUUUUAGAAGGAGAAAAAAAGCUUCCCCCGGCCCCAAUGAUGAUGCUUCUAUCAACAGAUGGUGUCCUGUGCCCAUAUUACGUUGUUAAUCAAACCCCUAAUGUAGAUCAAGGUAUAAUUAGAGUUCCAGAACCUUUACCACUCGGAGGACAAAGAAAGGCAAUAGCAUCAAAAGCAGGUUCUGUUCCUAAAGGGAAUGUUUUGCCAACCUUUGGUACUGCUAGAGACCUCCCUACUGGUGUUUUCUCACAGACCACAACAUCUGGCUAUUUCUCUCCAGGUGGUACCUCUUCAUUUGCAAGCUCCAAGCAAACCACUACUUUGGCAUCUGGAACUCCCUUGUCAGGCAAAUCAGGGAACUUUCCAAGUGGUACCUUUUCAUUUGCAGGCCCCAAAGAAAGCACUUCUUUGACAUCUGGAACUUCCUUGUCAGGCAAAUCAGGGAACCUUCCAACUGGUACCUCUUUAUUUGCAAGCUCCAAGCAAACCACUCCUUUGGCAUCUGGAACUCCCUUGUCAGGCAAAUCAGGGAACCUUCCAAGUGGUACCUUUUCAUUUGCAGGCCCCAAAGAAAGCACUCCUUUGACAUCUGGAAGUUCCUUGUCAAGCAAAUCAGGAAACUUUCCAAGUGGUACCUUUUCAUUUGCUGGCCCUAAAGAAACCACUUCUUUGACAUCUGGAACUUCCUUGUCAGGCAAAUCAGGGAACCUUCCAACUGGUACCUCUUCAUUUGCAAGCUCCAAGCAAAUCACUCCUUUGGCACCUGGAACACCCUUGUCAGGCAAAUCAGUCGACCCUCCAAGUGGUACCUUUCCAUUUGCAGGCCCUGAAGAAACCACUCCUUUGACAUCUAGAACUCCCUUGUCAAGCAAAUCAGGGAACCUUCCAACUGAUACCUUUUCAUUUGCAAGCCCUAAAGAAACCACUCCUUUGAUAUCUGGAACUUCAGGGAAUCUUCAGUCUGGUACCUUUUCAUUACCAGGCUCAAUGCUAACUGUUCCUUCGACAGCUGGAACUUCUUCCUCAGGUACAUCUGGGAACCCUACAGCCAGUGUAUUUUCAUUUUCAAGUGAUAAGCAGUCAGGGCCAAUACCCUUUAAACCUACUGCACAAGUGCAAGCCACAGAAUCAGGGAAGCCCUCAAGAAGUAGGCCUCCUCUUGUGAAACCCACUCCUAUCACUCAAUUGCAGCCAGAUAGUCAAGUAAAGACAUCUUUUCAACCAGCACCAACUACUGCUGCAACCUCCAUAAAGGCACCCUCUCAACCUCAGGUUGCAGGACUAAGCUUGCCAUCAACACCGAAGCUAACAUCUGCUAAACAACCAGCUGGGCAUGUAACAAAGGAAGAUCAGCCCAGUCCUUUUACUUCAAGACAAGUGCAGAGGAUCGAGGGAAGCUUAAGUUUUACUGCAAAUUCUCCUUCACAGAGCUUAAAAUUACUUGGGCAAUCAAAUGCCAGAGAAAGUGCAAAACAGGAACGCACCAAAAAGGUUGCUCCAGUUGCAAAAGAAAAAACAAUGGAAGCAUCUGUGUCAGAGACUAUCCAUGAAACAAUUAGCCUCUUUAACGAAGAAAUGGCAAAAUUGGGAAGUAGUGUAAAGAGCAUGCAAAGGAAGUGUCGUCUUACUGACGAUGAUAAGGAGCUGGCUUCAUUCAGGAGGGCAACCGAUGAAGUUGGUCGAAAUCUCAAAGACAUCAAAUUGGCCACAAAGGAUCAACAAAAUGACAUUGACGAGGAGAAAAGAAAACUAUUUGAAGCAUUUGAAAUGCUUGAAGAUAUCAGGAUUAGACAGGAUAAGAAGAGCGAUGCAAGGUAUAUUCAAUUGCUUAAGUCAAGAGCUCUGGAUCCUUUGAAUACGAAGAAGAUGAAAGAAAUCAGAAAGCUUCAUCUCUAUCUUGAUAAAACACUCAGAGACGUUAUCAUGGUUCUUGACGAACAGUGGAACAAAGAGAAUGAACAGAAAAGGUCUAUCCAACGUCCUGCGCUAGCCGAAGUUUACCAGACACUGAGGAUGCACCAAAAGAUAGCACAAGAUCAGGGGGUCAAGUUGGACAAAAUUGUACAAGGAAUGAAAAAUCGCAACCUGGUGUCAACCUCUUGGCAAAGAAAUCCGAUGACUACAACACCUUUAAGAGAUGACGUUUCCUCUUUAAGUGACCCCUUUUCUGUUUCGAAACUGGGAUUAAAAUCACCUACAAAACCCGUCUCAGCUCCAAUAUCCCCUGAAAAACGAGCCAAGCUUAGAAACAUGUUUCAGAAACGGAGAACUACCCCAGUGAGAAAAAGCAUGCCUGUUCCUCUUACGGUUAACAAGACACCCUUAGUGAAGCCGGCUAAGCCUGAAGAGUCAUUCUUUUCUUCGACUCCUGCUCUAGAGCGAGGAGAAAUGGCAGAACGAUCCAAAGGUAGCUUUGAGCCCCUUGAUGAGGCUGAAAGGCAAAGUGAAGAAAGCCUUUCCGAGGAAGAGUCCCAGGAUGACGACACCAGUGAGGAACAAGAGCUUAAUCCGUGUAGCGAAGUCCAAGAAACCCGUUCACGUGCGCCUGAUUCGCAACCUGUACAAUCUACAGUUAAAGACACUUCAAAGAGCGGUUUCAGUUUGGGGAAUUCACAAGGAACGGCUGAAUUAAAGGAGCCAGCGACUCAAACAGCGAGAGGAUCAGCUGAUAUCAACAAUUUGCAACAAGUCAGGGACAGUCCGAAGGCUGUUGCAGGUGGAGCAUUUUCUGCAGUUGAUAAGUCCAGUGAUGAAGGCAUUAAGACGUCAGAAUCACAGGCACCUCAAGCUGAAUCAGUCCAACCAGCAACUGGUUUUAAACUUCCUCCAAUGAAGGAAGAGUCCUCGCCUGCACCAGUGGUUCAGCCGAAAGGUGACUUUAAGCCCAAUGUUAAGGUUAUAAGCACAGAAACACCUCCGCACGUUGCUGCAGCUAUGGCUGCAAUGAGUAGAGCCAGUGCAACCCAAGGAACAGUUCAGUCAAGUAGCAACCUUGAUCCUUCAGCGAGCAUCGAACCAGUAACUCUGGUGACUUACAAACCACAGUCCCAAGGAAGUGCACCAACUAAGGACUAUGAUGCAGGCAACACUGCUGCGAAAGCAAUUGCCGACGCAGCAUUGAUGGCCGCUACAGCAGAGGCCCAGAAGUCUUCCACAAAGCCUCAGUAUAGCACAGAAUUUGUCUUCAAAUCCCCUGACAGUAGCAAGCCUGGCCCUCCAGUUGUCACUUUUAAGCCACCUGCCUCUCCGCCAAAAAUAAAUGAGAGUGGUACCAAGUUUUCUGCUGCUCCCAAUGUCACUGUGAAUCCAAAUAGUGUAGUUAAACCUACAUUUGCACCACCAUUGCCGACAUCGUCCACGACGUCCAGAACUAGUGGGCUGCGGCAGCCUUUGUCAGGAACUCAGGCUAUAGGCGGGUUCAGCUUUGCUCCACCGGCUGGAAGUUUAUUCAACUUGGGAACUUCGUCUGGGACUGCCGUUCCUGCAUUCAGUGCAUUUAGUUUCAGUAGUAAAGCGAAAGACACAGCAGAUUCCAAAGCUUCUAGUCUUACCGCUGCGGCAAGCGUUGAGUCACCUAAACCAGCAACUACUUCCUCGACACCAGCCGUGGGUAUCACUCCUAGCGCAGGAGUGAGUAGGAAUUUAUUUGCAGCAGGAAAUGCAGGUGAGCAAGCAAUACCAACGAGAGGCGAACAAGAAUUGAAGCAAGAAACUAGAAAGGAUGAAGCGAAGACCACCACAGCUUCAUCUGUCUUCACUUCCAGAGAAUUCGUAACUACGGGCACAGCAGCAGGGUCCUCGAAUUCCGCUACAGCCACAUUUGGUGGAGGGUUUUCUUCAUCUGGCAGUGUAAGUGGUCUAUUUGGUUCUGCUGGUACAGGCAGUGGUUCCACAAGCAUCAUGAGCAACUUGUUGCGAACGUCUGCCAUAGGAGGUAUUUCAGCAUCUGGUGAUGCAGCACCUACGGUCAGCUCACUUCCCGAGGAGGUCCCUCUGCCUUUUAAAGGGACUCCAUCUGAGAACAAAGAUACCAGUGCUGCAGCCAUAACUACAACAUCCACCAGUGCAUUUGCAAGUCCAUUUGCUCAGGCCCUUUCAGGAAGUAUGAAGUCGAGUUCGCCGUCUUUCACAAGUAUAGGGAGUACAUCACUACUCACUGGAAGUGCUUUUGGAGCUUCAACUAUGACCGCUACGGCUGCCACGUCUGCUACGCCUGCAUCCGGAGGUGAAUUUGGCUUUUCUCUUGGUGGCGCUAAAAGUGCCAUAACAGCUGCGCCAUCUGUCACCUCAGCAGGGAGUAGUGCAUUUAGUUUCACAGCUGGUUCUGCAUCAUCUGCCUUUUCUGUGACAAGUAGUACGAGUCCUUUCUUCCCCAGUAUCACUUCAGCUUCCAAAAGCACCUCUUCACCAUUAGUAAGUUCUUCAUUAACCACUUUUACAACACCGAAGUCAACAGACGUGGUUGCAAGUUCAUCUCCAGGUUCUUCAACCUCAAUUGCUACUACAAGUGGUCUGUUUGGAAAAAUCACAAGCACCACAAGUGCUUUCGGUGCAGUUCUAUCGACAGGCAGUAACAUUUCUGGCUCUCAAGGCGCUACUUCAACUACCACUGCCUCUGGAAACGUCUUCGGAGGAUUCACAUCAACUUCCUUCUCUCCCACUCCAGUGUUUGGAGCUUCAAGAGGCCUCACCUUCGCAAGCACUCCUCCAGCUUUCGGCGUCCCUGUCAGCAGCCAAGGUUCCACAUUUGGUUCCACACCAGGAUUUGGAUCGCAAAGCUCAGCGACCGGCACAGGGUCGGGGACAGGAUUUGGGGUAUCUUCCACUGGGCAGUCACCUUUUGCUUCUACCACAAGUAGUGGGUUUGGCACUGCCUCCAAGCCAAAUGAAAAUACUCUAGGAUUUGGAUUUGGUGGCUUUGGUUUAGGUGGACAAGCAAGCCCACAGACUAGCAAGACGAACCCUUUUGGCGUCACGCAAGGAUUACAGGCUCCCACGUCUACACAGUCUUCAUUGUUUGGUGGGAAGUCAGGAGCUGAUAUUUUUAAGGCGAGUGAUACAUCAAAGCCAACGUUCGGCGGUGGUCCAUUUUCUUCAUCUGUGUUUGGUUCCCAGUCCACUGGUGGUUUUUCAGGAGGCUCCUUCAGUGCUCCAGGUACUGGAGUAGGUGCCGGUGGUUUUGGCUUUGGUGCUGCAUCGCCAUCAGCUUCCUCAGGGUUCGGUACACCCCAACCCUUUGGCUCACCUGCUGCCAGUGGGUCUGUGUUUGGUGGUGCUCCUGCGUUUGGUGGUGCUCCUGCGUUAGGAGGUGCUCCUGCGUUAGGAGGUGCUCCUGCGUUUGGUGGUACUCCUGCGUUAGGAGGUACUUCAGCGUUUGGUGGAUCCCCUCAAGGAGGUGUGGGGGCUAGUCCUACGGGAGGGAUCUUUGGAAGUGUCAAUUCUGGUGGAUUUGGACAAUCUCAAGGCAGCCCCACCUUUGGGGCUUUGGCCGGGCAGUCUAACGUUCCUUCAUUUGGAGCUGUGGCUGGUAUGCCUGCCACUCAAGGGUUUGGUGGAAUGCAACAGCCGCAACAAACAUCUCCUGCUUUUGGCUCGUUCGGUGGCGGCUCACAGAGUCCCGGCGGUGCGUCGUUCUCACAGUGGAGGUGACGCUUAGCUGUCCUUUGAAUGACAGUUUCCAGUGGAUAGUUAAAACAAUUCUAGUAUUUGCAGCGUCGUUUCACAGCUGCUCAACAUAAGGCAGGGUCUAUUAAAAAGUUGUUGGUUAUUGA